GCCAGUCGUCGCUAUUAGGCUCUAAGCCCGAGGUCUGCACCUGUGUACGCUACCUAUACAUUGAGAUGUUCUGUGAACCUUCCAGAGCAUUUCCUAUUUGGUAGUACUAUACCUGACGCGUUCACCUUGAGUUUUCCCCAUCUUCUCUGGCAUGUUCCAGCCUUCCUUUCUGCUCCUUCACAUGAUCCACUUUCUAUCACUCACCGUAACCUGUAUCCCCGUUUGCCUCCCGGGCUACCGCCAGUUUCUGUGUGUGUAUCCUCGAACUACGAAUAGACUAACGCCCACUCUGGGAUCUUUAGGAAGGUCGGGUUUUUGCAGGUGGAUCCGUCUCGUCGGAACUGCGGGGCGGGCAGAAAAAACAGCCUUUCUCUGUUCUGGUGGGCCCAUUACACAACCCAGCAGGAAGACUUGCUACUCAUGUGACUUACCGUUUCCUAUACUGUGCACUUAAAGAUCAUAUAUUGCUGAGAACCGUCAUGACAGCG